AUGGCGGAUAUCGUCGUCUUAUCCUAUUUUAGGCCGCCGCCUUCCCCGUCAACGGGAAGCAAUGACCUCCACCACUCCAUCUCCCUCCUACUCCGUCGCAACCUCUCCGUUCUCCACCUGAAACAAAUCCAAGCUCAGCUCUUCCGCCGCUCCCUCCACGACGACCGCAUCCUCCUCACCCAGCUCGUCUCCGGCUGCUCCUCCGCCGGAGCCCCAGCCUACGCGACGCGCCUUUUCCUCUCCCUCCCCGAACCCGACCUCGUCCUCCUCAAUGCCAUGCUCCGGGCUUAUACCCUCAACUCUCUCCACCGCCAAGCCGUCGCCUUUUACGUUCGCGAUGUCCUCGGCCGAGGCUUCGCCCCUGAUCGCUUUACCUUCCCUUACGUCCUCAAGGCCUGCGCCGCGCUCAGAGAUUUGAGCCUCGGACGGCAGAUCCACGGAAGCUUGGUGAAGCUUCGAGAGACGUCCGUCCAUGUUAUCGCGCUGAAUUCGCUGGUCGACAUGUACUUCAAGUGCCGCGAGAACGAAGCUGCUCGGAAGGUUUUCCAGGCUAUCGAAGAACCUAAUUCGACUUCUUGGAACAUGUUGAUGACGGGUCUUCUGAACUCUGGCGAUGUCAACCAUGCACGACACUUGUUCGAUCAAAUGCCUCGCAGAGACGUGGUUUCUUGGAACUCUCUGUUGAGUGCUUAUGCCUGGGCAGGGGAUAUGAACACAGUUCAAGAACUAUUCGAUGAAAUGCCUGAGAGGGAUUCAGUCUCCUGGAAUGUUUUGAUUGCUGGAUACACUGAGAAUGGGCAAAAUGAUAAAGCAUUGUCGAUUUUUGAACAGAUGAUCACUGCUGGAUUCAGACCUGAUAAUGCUACAUUGUUGUCUGCUGCAUCUGCUUGCACUGGUGCAUGCUCGGUCAGUGAGAAUGUGCUCAAUCAUGUUAUUAGCUGUUUGAAGUCUGCAAAUUCGGCGUCUGUUUCAACUGCUCUGCUGAGUCUCUGUGCUAAAGUUGGCAGGGUUGAUGAGGCUCGAUCAGUAUUUGAGCAGAUUCCAGAGAAGGAUCUCGUAGCAUGGAAUGCAAUGAUAGCUGCCUAUGCUCAGAAUCAGAGACCAGUUGAGGCAAUUGAGUUGUUUAAAUUGAUGCAGGGAUGCAGUUUGCAAGUUGGAGUCAUGCCCGAUAGUGUGACGAUGAUUAGUUUAAUCAAUUGUUGUGCUCAAAUUGGCAUCUUAAGUCUUGGUGAAUGGAUUCAUGCUUACAUCAGGCGGAAUGGAAUAGAAUGCAACACCAUUUUAAGCACUGCUCUGAUUGAUAUGUAUGCAAACUGCGGAGACAUAGACCGAUCUCAACAUCUGUUUUCAGAUAUGCCUGAGAAAGACUUGGCCACUUGGAAUGCAAUGAUUAAGGGGCUCGCUAUUCAUGGGCGAGGUCUGGAGGCUCUCGAACUGUUCUCUUCUAUGGAAAAUCAUGGGCCAGUUCCUAAUGAAGUAACCUUUAUUGGCCUACUGACUGCCUGCAGUCAUGGAGGACUUAUUGCGGAGGGACUGAAACUUCUUGAACUGUUACAGAAAAGGUAUGGUCUUGUUCCGUGCAUUGAGCACUAUGGUAGUGUAGUUGAUUUGUUAGGUCGGGCAGGAAAACUAAGUGAAGCAUAUGAACUCAUCGAGAACAUGCCUAUUAAGCCUGAUGUUGUUGUCUGGAGUUCCUUGUUGAGCGCAUGCCAAUCAUAUCGAAAUGUCGAACUAGCAGAGAAGGCGGCACAAAAGGUUAUUGAAUUAGACCCAGGAAAUGAUAGUCACUAUGUCCUUCUCUCUAAUGUGUAUGCCUCAAGAGGGAAAUGGACAGAAGCCGCACAGGUGAGGGCACUGAUGAAGGCAUGCCGAGUGCAAAAGAAGCCAGGAUGCAGUGCAGUGGAGUUGGACGGUGUCGUUCAUGAAUUCGAAGCAAGUGACCAGUGA